AAUAAUCAAAGGAUAUAUUAUAUCCAUUACCUUAUUAAAAACAGUGAAGCAAUGACAUUGAUAAAACAAAUGCUAGUUGAUCUCUAACCUUAUUUAAGAAGACGAUAAUAUUGAUUUAUAAAUUGAGAAGAAUAUGUUCUAGAAAAAUGGCGAAGUGCACCGUCAUCUCAAAGAGAUAGUUAAAGUGACUUUAUGACAUCCGCAUUUACGCACAUCCAAUGUUAUUAGCUGCAUCGUGGCGAAUGCUCAACAAUCAGUCAUAGAAUUUCUCGCGUUGCGCGUACGUUUCAUCGCUCGCUAAUUUAUAAAGUUAACUGUUUCGAAUACGACCAAAACUCCAACGACGACUAAUAAGUGCAAUUAACGAUUUUGUGCUUCUUCUUUGGAAGAUUAACACUAUUCUAUCAGUCAAGUGUGACAAUCGUUUCAUCAAUCAAGCAAAAUAAAAAAUAUCAGCAAUAAGAAAACUUAUUCAGGUUUUUUCUUGUAUAACUGAUUUGGAGAUCUUCGUCGCAAUGGAGCUGAUUACUUUACUUCUCACUAUUCUGAUAGUGAGUAUUUGUUUAUACUAUUUCGUUUUAAGCAAGUUAAUUUAUUUCGAGCGAUUGAAAAUUCCGUAUGUGCAACCGAUUCCAUUGUUGGGCAACAUGGCGCCUUUUGUUUUUCAACGUAUGUCCCAUCCGGAGCUCGUACAAAAAAUAUACAAUCUCUUCCCAGACGCAAAGUAUUUCGGAUUCUAUGAUUUUUCAACGCCGACUAUUGUUAUCCGUGAUCCAGAACUGAUUUCAAUGAUUGCUAUCAAACAAUUUGACAACUUCUGCGAUCAUCAGGGCUUUGGGAAUGACACUCUCGAUCCGAUAGCCGGCAGAAAUCUGUUCAAUUUGCAAGGAGAUCACUGGCGUGAGAUGCGAAAACUUCUCAGUCCUAGUUUUACAUCCAGCAAAAUGAAGAUGAUGUUUGGACUUAUGAGUCAAUGUGCUGAGAACUUUGCCAAUUUUGUGGCAACAGAAUCUGGAAAAACCGGGAAGACGUAUGACAUGAAAGACAUACUUUGCAGAUACGCUAAUGACACGGUGGCCACGUGCGCUUUUGGCAUUAGCAUAGAUUCUUUUAAACAUCCGAAAAACGAGUUCUUCGUCCUUGGAAGAAAAGCAUUGAAUUUUCAAGGCUUGCUCUCCUUUAAAGUUUAUAUGCAUAGAAGUUUUCCGUUUCUUGCAAAUCUUUUUAAGCUGAGAUUGUUUGGCCCCAAAACAGAGAAUUUUUUCAAAGAUAUUGUCACUACCACAGUGAAGAUCAGAGAUGAGCAAGGAAUUGUUCGUCCAGACAUGAUUCAGUUAAUGAUGGAGACUAGGAGCAAAAAUAAUGGCCCCGAGUUCGACAUCAACGAGAUGACCGCUCAGGCAUUCGUUUUCUUUCUUGCCGGAUUUGAUUCUGUAUCAGCAGCGAUGUGUUUCAUGACACAUGAAAUCGGUGUCAAUCCCGAUGUACAAAGCAAAUUGAGAGAAGAAAUCGACAAUGUUCUUAAACAGACCAACGGCAAACCUACCUACGAGGCCAUCAAUCGUAUGAAGUAUUUAGACGCCGUGGUGAACGAGACUCUCAGACUGUAUCCAUUAGCAUCUUUUCUUGAUAGAGUAUGCAUCAAGGAGACCAUAUUGCCACCAGCGACUCCAAACAGCGAACCAAUCACGAUGAAACCUGGUGACCGUGUAUGGUUCCCAAAUCUUUCUCUGCAUCGCGAUCCAAAGUACUACCAGUAUCCAGACAAGUUCGAUCCAGAAAGAUUUCUUAACGACAGUGUGGAUGACUCAGUUUAUAUGCCAUUUGGUAUCGGACCCAGAAUCUGCAUUGGUAACAGGUUCGCUCUAAUGGAGGCUAAAGUUAUGCUGUUUUAUCUGCUUUGGCGUUGCGAUCUUGAACCCGACGCUAAAACUAGAGUUCCUAUGGUGCUUAGCAAGACAUCAUUUGUCAUGAUGGCAGACGGAGGUUUCUGGUUGAAAUUACGUGCGAGGAAUUCAAAGGCUUCUAUUACACAAUGUUUAUCUAACGAACACAAAGUUGGGAAAUAGCAAUGAAGCAUAUUUACAAUCAUUUAA